AAACGGAAGUUGAUUUCAAAACUUCCUGUUAUAGUUUCAAUUUAUCGUUUCGUUACUCAGAUUAUUCUUUUACUGAAUUUUGUUUGUAUUUUUCUUGAUUUACUUUCAAACUUAAGACCAUGUCAAAAGUGGAAGAGACAUUGUUUCAGUUAAGGUUCACUACAAAACAACUUGAACGACUGGCACGAAAAGCAGAGAAAGAACAACAUGCGCAGGAAAAUCGCGUAAAAAAGGCAAUACAGCAAAAAAAUAUUGAAGUUGCUAAAGUUUAUGCAGAGAAUGCUAUUAGGAAAAAAAAUGAACAAUUGAACUACUUGCGUAUGGCUGCUCGUGUAGAUGCAGUAUCAAGUAAAGUGCAGACAGCUGUCACAAUGAAACAAGUGGCCAAAAAUAUUGAAGGAGUCACAAAAUCAUUGGAGAAAGCAGCAUCUGCAUCAGAUUUAGUAAAGAUUGAACAAAUAAUGCAAAAGUUUGAGAAGCAAUUUGAAGACCUUGAUGUUAAAACUUCUACAUUGGAGUCGUCAAUGAGUUCUGCUACCACUUUAACAACACCUCAAGAUCAGGUUGAAGCACUGAUACAACAAGUUGCCGAAGAGAAUGGCCUGGAGAUGAUAGACCAGCUCAAAGAUCUGAACCCUGCUUCAGGCUCCAUUAGAUCAACAGUUACUGCAGAUUCUGUUAAAGAAGAUGAUCUUACUCGAAGAUUACAAGCUUUGAGGAAUUAGUCAUCGUUGUAUAUUUUUUUUUUUUUGCUUUUUGAUGAGAGAAAUAAUGGUGAUUUACACGUUAUCUGUAAAUUGAAUUAAACAUACACCAAAUGCUGACAUCCGCCCAAUAUGGAAGCCUCCUAAUCCACUUACAUUAUUUCAUGUACACUCUUAUAUAUAUAUAUAUAAAUAUGAACAAGUUUUGUUUUAAGGUUUUAAAGACUGUUUCAAAAAUAAACAGACUUGUUAAGUUGCAAAAGAAAUAAAUUUACAUCUUUUUCAGAAUUUUUUUUCAAAAUCAGAAAUUACUUUAUUUUUCAAAGAUUUCUUGCCUUAGCAGUUUAUAAAAAGUAAGAAUUAUGAAAUUUCUGUACAGUCUUUCAUCAUUUUCCUACAAAACUCCAAAUUAAGAGACGUUUUUUAGUUUCAAAGAGAAAAAUGGCUCGACUGACUUGCUCAUUUUCAUGGACAUCAUAUUGUUUUUCUUCUGUUAUUUUUCUUUCACUCCAGAUCAACUCUCUUUGUCGCUUUCUCGUAUCUUUUGAAUCUGUGUAUAUUUUGUUUUUUAUUUAUUGUUGAAAAAAUUAUAAAAUAAAACUCAUGCCAUUAUUUUUA